GCUGUCCUGGAGAUUGCACUCUGUUGCAGCUGGUGGACCGACCCUGGCUGGGAGCGGCGCGGGGUCCAGAGUAGGUGGACGCCGAGGGCCCAGCGCACCAGGGAAGCCGAGGUCGUGGGGCUGGCGCUUUCUUCCGUCUCCCGCCGCACUCCUGGGGCAGGCGGCGUUCCCUGGGCGGAAGAGCAGUUUCAGCCACGUGUCCUGAGCGACGCCAGACUUUUCCUUGUCACAAAUUGAUGGAUUUUCCAUCCCUCACCUAACAGUAUUGGAGCCGUAAAAUCAUCAGGUACCACUUAGUUGACACACCUGCAGGAGAUGCAGAGUGAAGGACAAGCCCCAAGUGUCUGACUUGAGUGCGUAGGGGUGGAUGGUGAUGGCAUAACCAGGGUAUGGAAUGCAAGGGAGAUGAGACACAUUUGAAAGAAAUCUGUAUUCAUGAAGAGUGACUGCAUGCAAACCACAACAUGUCAAGAAAGAAAAAAAGAUCCAAUAGAAAUGCUUCAUUCUGGGCAGCUGGUAAAAGUCUGCGCCCCAAUGGUGCGAUAUUCAAAGUUGGCUUUUAGAACACUGGUAAGAAAAUACAGUUGUGAUCUGUGCUAUACACCAAUGAUAGUUGCUGCUGAUUUUAUCAGAUCUAUAAAAGCCAGAGACAGUGAAUUUACCACAAACCAAGGUGAUUGCCCAUUGAUUGUUCAGUUUGCUGCUAAUGAUGCAAGAAUUUUAUCUGAUGCCGCUCGUAUAGUCUGUCCUUAUGCGAAUGGAGUAGACAUUAACUGUGGUUGUCCUCAGAGGUGGGCAUUGGCAGAAGGUUAUGGAGCUUGCUUAAUAAACAACCCAGAGCUUGUUCGAGACAUGGUGAAACAAGUAAGAAAUCAAGUGGAAAAUCCCAGAUUUUCAGUAUCUAUUAAAAUAAGGAUCCAUGAUGACCUUACAAGAACUGUAGAUCUUUGUCGAAAGGCUGAAGCAACAGGGGUUUCCUGGAUUACAGUCCAUGGAAGAACUGUUGAAGAAAGACAUCAGCCAGUUCACUAUGAGGCCAUUAAAAUAAUUAAGGAAAAUAUGUCUAUACCUGUAAUUGCUAAUGGAGACAUCAGAAGCUUAAAAGAAGCAGAAAAUGUGUGGCAUAUUACUGGGACAGAUGGUGUGAUGGUUGCAAGAGGACUCUUAGCCAACCCGGCCAUAUUUGCUGGAUAUGAGGAAACCCCGCUGAAAUGCAUCUGGGACUGGGUUGACAUUGCUCUUGAACUUGGAACUCCUUAUAUGUGUUUCCAUCAACAUUUAAUGUACAUGAUGGAAAAGAUAACUUCGAGGCAGGAAAAAAGAAUAUUUAAUGCUUUGUCAAGCACAUCAGCAGUCUUAGAUUACCUUACAGAGCAUUAUGGGAUUGACUGGACUUCCUAAAUUAUUUUCUAUCUUUAGUGAGACCACCCAGGGUCACAUCUUGGUUUUCACUUUGAAUCAGUGGCUCUCAAACAUUAGUAUAAAAACAAUGCCCUGACAGAAUUUGUAAAGGUCAUUCCUAGACUGUAUCCUCAGAGAUUCUGAUCCAGUAAAUCUCUAGGGUGGACCCAAAAUUUAGUUUUAAAGAAGACCCCAGGUGGUUCAAACAUUGACAAACAUUGCUCUGAAUCCUAUUAUGGAUUUAAAACCGUAAGAAUUUUUUUCUUAAAGGAAUCAUGUUUUUAACAUUUUUAAAUAAAUAAAAUUUUUAUUUUGAUACUAAAAGUAUGACUCAUGGUAUCUGUAAGUUAACAUUAGGUAUGUUUUAAAUGAAAAUAAGAGCAGAAAAGUGUGAACAAAUUCCAACAUCUGUAUAAAGUGAAAAGGAACAAGAAAUUCUGUAUAGAAUGCA